AGUGUCCAGAGUAAACCACUCACAUCAACAGGAUGGGUAAACAGAUGGUGGGAUUCUAAACUGCAACGGAAGUGAAGAGCCACAGGCACGGGCAGCAACGGGGAGCCCUCGGGGACAUGAGAACCCACACAGUGACUAUUCCACUUGCGAUCAAAAUCAGGCAAAGACACAUCACGUUGUUUAGGGAUGCGGACACACUCUGCUGGUCACUGCGUAGAAAAAAGCGAGGAGGUGAUUACUACAAAUUUCAGGAUUUUGUGAGCCUAGGCUGGCGGAGGGGAAGUCAGAUGGGCAUGGCAGGGGCACAGGGAGCUGGCAGCGUGUACGCUCGGGGGUUCCGGGGUGCUGGCUUUGUAAUUACUUAUUAGUUUUAUGCGCGCUUCUGUCUGUGUGUUAUGGAUCACAAUUUUACGACAAAACAAUGAAACAUUCUCCAUAGGGAUCUCAGGACAAAUUCUAAGCACAAAUGAGACAGCAGAACCUUUACCCAUCCAACAACCUGCAGUGCCCCUCAGUCUCCACAGCACCAUAAGCCGUCACAAGACACAGAAGAGGUGCACGAAAUAUAGCACAAAUGUCUUGGGAAUCUGGCCAGCUCAUUCUGAACCCGGACGUGGCUGGACAUCCCCACAGACACAAAAUUUGCAACAUCGACCGAUGGCAGAGAACUAUGUUGUAAAUGUUCUGCUAAAUAUAGCCAUACACUGUAAUCAGUCUCCUGGUCAGAAUUUCUGCUGGGCCAGCACAAUGAAGGCUACCGCCUGCAGGGUGCCAGGAGCGAAGGGAUGUGCCCGGAGCGAGGAAGGAGGGAGCAUGGAGAGAAGGAAUGAGAGGUGCGGAGCAGAGGACACCGCAAAGGAAAGGUGCAGGAGAAGGUCAGGGGGCCAAGGGCAGGGGAACGAGGAGAGGCGCCCAGCAAAGGAGCAAGGCCGAGGGGAGGGUCAAAACGGGCCAGGACGGGCUCCUUCUCAUCUCGUCCUGCCAUCCCCUGCAGCACAAAGACCUUCCGGGCUCCCUGGUGCGGCCCCUUGGCUUGGCACUCAAGGUCUUUUGAUGGCUGACUUGGUCCCUGACACCCCUCACACUUUCUUCCCAGCCACGCUAGAUGACCGCCUUUCCCUCGGCAGGUUAUUGGCCCCUCCGUGCUUUUGGGCUGGCUGUUCUCACUACCUGGGCCGCCCUUCCAUCUGCACUUCUCCGACCUGUCAAGCACCACCCACCCUGAGAAGUCGCCGGCCACCACUCCAGGCCAGUGCUUUCUCACCCACGGACCUGCUGAUGUGCAGGGAAGCACAUAAAAUCCUGGCGACAGUUUUAGGCAAAAGUUGGCCUUCAGCAAUUUGGAAAGGAACAUAUUUGGGGUGCUUUACACCAUUUGCUGUUGCUCUAACCUAUUAAGGGCUCACUUCUCCAGCUGGGGUGCGGGCCCUCAGGUAGCACCCUCUCUAAACAUGACCUAUGGCAUCUACCAUACUGCUGUGACUGUCCUUCUAUACACAUGUAGCAGAGGACCUGCCCCGUGGCUCUGCCACCAGGUAGCGUGAGCCUCUCUGCACCUUGGUUUCCUCUGUUAAGUGAGGGUAACAGGAACGCCUUUCUUGACAGGUGAUUGCGAGGCUGAAGUGAAUACGCAAAGUCUUUGGAAGGGUGGCUGGCAUUCAGCAGCACUCUCUCAGUGUGGCUGCCAGGCCAUUACUGGUCAUCUGCCUGCCUUCCUCAGGGCCAGUGUCCCUUGACAGGGCUGAAGACCCUACGCACUGCCUGCCUGGCACGAAAGCAUCUCAGGAUGUUUGCUGACUGCAGGCAUCUCCACUGAGCUCCAGAUCACUCAUCACUGACAAGAGCUGUAAGGUAUCUGGGGGGAAGGGCACAUCAAGCCAAACCUGACGUCAGCCUGCUAAUAACCUUUGUCCAAAACCACACAAGGCCAAGUAGAACAGCUGUGUCCAUCCCGUGCUGGGUCCGGCUCUACUGUGGUCGAUGGUAUUUUCCAAAGACAGCCCCGCCCUCUGACACUGACACUGCUCCACUGAGCGAUGUGGUCUCGUUCUCUCCCUUGCAUCUGGGUGGAUGGGGCUGACUACAGCGGCGGAAGUGACACUUAGUGACUUCCGAUGUUGGGGUUAGAAAAGGCCUCUUUCCUCUGGUUCUUCCUCUGGAGAUGCCUGCCUGUGGACCCAGCCACCGUGUGAGGGAGCCCAAGCUAGUCCGAGUGCAGAGCCCACGUGGGCAGGCUCCUGUGGGAGGGACGGGGGCCCCAGCUGACACCAGCAUCAACUGCCAGACCCGUGAGCAAACCAGACCUCAGGUGACCCCUCUCCAGCCUUUGGGUUCUCCAGGUGACACCCAGAUAUCACAAAGCAGGAGUAAACUCACCCCAUCGUGCCCUGUCCCAAUUCCUGAUCUGCACUAUGCGUGAAUAAAUGGCUGUUUCACACCGUUCUGGGGAUAAUUAUUUACACAGCCAGCACGUGCCAUGACCUCCCACGCGUCCCUGAGGUGGCACAGCCUGCUAACCCCCAGAGGCAGACCCAGCUGAGAUGCCAUGUCCUCCUUGGUGGCCUCCUCUGUCCUGUCGUCAUGCUCAUUUCACGUGCCAUGACCUCUCUGCUCAUCCAUCUGAUCCUUUUAGUACAAGCGGCGGCAUAAAAGAGCAGGAAAGCCAUGAACCCUGGAGCCAGACCGCCUGGGUAUGGACCGCGGUUCCACCACUUAGGAGCUGUGUGGCCUCAGGCAAGUUUCUUAAACACUCUGUGCCUCGGUUUCCUCAUCUAUACGCUGGGGAUAACAAGAGCUCCCUCCUCAUGAGGCUGCUGUGAGGACGGGGCGGUGGAUGAGUGUGGCGCCUUAGAUAAGGCCGAGGCCAGGCCAAGUGGUCCACAGUGUCACCUAUUGCGUUUUUCAGGACUGUAAACUCCUUGCAGGUAGGAACUGAGGCCUAUCCCAACAACUACCAGGGGUCGCAGCACUCACACGUCCUCAGUCAACACGGGAGGAAGGGAUGUGCAGACGUGGCCAUAACUCCAGAUACUAACUAAAUCCUAAAUGAAGCAGCGACAAACGCAUACAGUCAGGAGAGAAGGACCAUGAUGGAGAUGAAACUAAGACUGCACUGGACCCUCAAGGCCUGGAGGGAAGACACCACGGUCACUCUCUUCACAUAAGUGAUGGUGACCUUGUCCAGAAGCUCAGACAAGACCCACUUGGUCCUCGGGAUGGAUCCUAGGACUUCAGCCUAGUAUAAUAAUUCCUGACAGGCAGUCUUCAGACAUAGAAGGUAGUGAGCUCUCUGCCAGUGGAAGCAUGAAAUCAGAGACUGGGCAGCCUCUUAGCAGAUAUUAUAACGGGGUUCCAAGAAGCUGACACUUUACAGGUCCCUUCCAACCCCGAGACUCGAGGCUUUCUUUCUUCAGUGGCAGCUUCUCUAAUCUGAAGCGGCCUGGACAGGAUGCUGUAGUCACAGAGACUGCCCUGCACCCAGCCUCCUACCCAGCACCGCCCUCCCACCUCCAAGGGGAAAACUGCAACAGCAGCCGUCUCUGCCGGCAGCCCCCAAAAUCAGGAGUCCUCACGAGUUCCCCACUAUGGGUAAGGCAGGCGCACCUGUCUGUCUGGGCACCUAUUGAGUGCCGUGCACUGUGUGUGGAGCCUCGAUGACCCGAGGCGCACCUGGCCACUCCAAGCUCACCUCCUCCGCUCACCAUCCGCACCUGAAGCCGCCUCGUGGCCUGGCCAUCUUUGCUACACAGAGACACGUGGACAUUCCAUGUUUCAGAUAACUGGUGGACGAGCCCGAAACUUAAUUUCGAUCACGUUGGACAGAAAUCUUCUCUGCUCAGUAAACAGGGACCUCAAAUGUUCCUUCCCUUUUUUCAGUGACCGAUGAUCAUGACAGACAAUAACGGAUACACUGAACUACAGCCGUGGUGGCAGGGGCGCUGCCCGAAGCUAAAGACCCCACACUCAAGCCACUCUCGUCCUUCCUUGUGGCUUUCCUGUCCUCUGUUGAUCCUGCCUGCGGCUGCUUCUUGCCACCUGGAUUACUGAUUUCUCAAGAUCUCCUACUGGUUUCUUCUGAAUAUCUUUCUUAUUCUGAUUGAUCGAGCUCUUGUAAUUCCUGGCUCUGUCACAGCCACUGCCAGCUAGGGACACUCCUAGCCAUUGAGUCCUCCCGGCAGCACACUGAGCUUUAGAUCUUUUGUGGCCCCGUGUCUGUGGCCCUCCGCUGGGUUCAUCCCGGCCGUAUCUAGGAAGAUGUUUCAUUGUGGGCUGGAUUCCAGGAAGCUAAGUUUGUCCAAAAUCUGAAACAAGGUGAAUGAGGCCUCGUUCUUUGCUUCUUGCAUGCAUGUAUAUUUUUCAGGGGAGAAACCUGUCCUGUGCUCCUUCGCCAAGCCUGGCCCAGAGCAAGUCCUAGGACUCGAAGACCCAAGGUGAGCCUGGCCUCUCGCAAAUACUCUGGGAAAUCUUGGGCAAGUCUCUUGGCCUAAGUGGACUUUUUUCCCACAGCUGUAAAAUGGGAAUGACGUUAUACACUCCCCCUGGUGCCUGGGAGGUGAGACUAAGCUAACAGUAACGAAAUACAUGUGGCGGAACUGGGAAGUGCAAACACUGAUAAGUCAGGGCCCGCAUAAAGCAACAGAAACCGUCCCCCUCCUGCGAACUCUGGCCCCCUGCACCUCUCUGACCUCAGAGCUCCCAGAGCUGUCUCGGAGUCAUCUUUAGGGGAUACUCCCAACCACAAUCCAAUACUACGUGCGGGUAAGGGGGCUGGUUUCUGCCUGGCACGUCGCAGCUAGGUGGAUGACUGUGAGUCACGGCCCUCACCAGGGAGAGGCACACGGGCAGGGGGACCCUGCGCAAGUCAUUCACUUCUCUGAGACUCGGCCUUCUCCUUGGAAAAUGGCAGUACUACCACCGAUCCCAGCAGUUUAUCUCCACUCCCCACUCCCCGCCCCAGAGCGCCACUAAAAUGAGAACGAAUGGGCAGAAAAGCAUAAACCUUCAAGGACAAGGAGAUGGCACCAGAGGCGGCUUACGAGGGAUGUCAACGAAAGCUCUGGAAGGUGCAGCGUGGUCACUGACCUGGGGAGGGGAGGAAGCCAACCUGGGGAGGAAGAACCCCUAGCACUGGACGUACCAGGUGACUCUGAUGGUUAUGAGUAAGGGCGCAGAUGGGAAAUCUGGCUACCAACCUCCACGUGGAGCUACUGGGUUUUCACUUUCUAGACGGGUUGAGAUGGAUGGCUCUGUCCUCAGAAAGCCUGGCCCAGCUGGGCAGCAACGAGGAGACUUGCAGAAAAGAGAGAUGAGCUGUGGAUACGAAGCGUGAGAUGCCCACGUCCCUCUCCUCCUCUGCACCCUUGCCCAGCUUUCACCUCCCAGGCAGGAGAUAAGAAUAUUUUUCUCUGGGGAAAUAGGCCCAGGAUCAAAAAAAAAAUCUUCAUUUGGUGCCUGUCCCUACCAGGGCAUCAAAAUAGCAGAAGAAAUGCCCCGUGUCCUAUCACGCAACUGAGAGGCCCAGCCGGGGAAGCCCCAUUCUUAAAUAUGAAAAAUAGCCAAGGACAGCAAAUAUUUGAGGAGCGCUUCCAACGCAAAGGUCAAAGACCAAAGCACACAAACACACGAAAGGGAGUCAGGAGACAGAGACGCAGGAAACGAGAAAACUGCAAUUAGCUACGCGACACCAAGCGUGAGGGCUGUAAAAAAGGAACAGGGACGCAUGCCCGACGUGUCACACCACGAUAAAGAAAACAAAACCUUCUGUGUAAAAGCUCAAAAGUGAAGAUCAAAAAAAAAAAGUUCCUGAAAAACAUAACAAAACGAGCUGGAGAACUGUAAAGGAAACUCGAAGAUCAAUCCAGAAGCGCAAAAUCCUACGAACAGGAAUUCCAGAAAGGGAGAAC